GCGGUUCCUUUGUGCUGUCGGAUGGGCUGCCGCCGGUGAGACGCGAGGAUGGAGCCGGGCGCCAUGAGCGAAGCGGGCGGCAUGACUCCGGGGAUGGAGACCAGGAAGCUCAUCACCGCUACUGACAACCAAUAUUCUGGCAUGCUUUUGAAAGCGCUGGACGAGCAGCGAGGCCUCGGGCUUUUCUGCGACGUCACUGUGAUCGUGGAGGACCGCAAGUUUCGAGCCCACCGGAAUAUCCUUUCGGCUUCCAGCACUUACUUUCACCAACUCUUUGCCGUGGCAGGACAAGUCGUCGAGCUGAACUUCAUCCGGGGGGAGGUUUUCGCGGAAAUCCUCAACUACAUCUACAGUUCCAAAAUUGUCCGGGUGCGAUCGGAUCUGCUCGACGAACUGAUUAAAUCGGGGGAGCUGCUAGGGGUCAAAUUUCUCGCCGACCUGGGCGUUCCUCUGCAACAGGUGAAGAGCAUGUCUUCGGAGGCCAUACCUAGUGCUUCGGAGUUGCCCAUCCUGGAGGCAAACGGGCCCAAAGUCCAGAAGCCCACAACCGCACCUGAGCCUCAACUCAUAAAACUCGGGAAGCCUAUCAUUACGGAAUCCUUUUCCCUAUACAGGGAGCCGUGUGACUCCACCAAGAUCACCAUUAGUGAUUCCGAUGAUGAUGAUGACGACGACGUCAUUUUCUGCUCAGAGCUGGUCCCUUCUAAGGAGCGUGCUGUGGAGACCAAAGUCAUAACCCAGAUCCCGCCUUGCCCGAAUGCCUCUGGGUCUUCUGAGGUAGCCAGCUCUACCAGCAGUCAUUCUCUCCCUCAACCGGUGGCAACUGCACCUCCAAGGCUUGACUCAUCAACUGUUCUUCCAAAUCCCGCCGAAAACCAAAAGCUUCUUGACCCCCUUCCUCCCCCGGCUCCAAAGACCACGACUCCAAAUGUCCUUGUGCUCAAUUCAUCGCAGGUUGAUGUUGCUCCAGGGGUUGGUUCUUCCCACGAAAUAGAGGUGUUGCCUAUUCCCGAAGAGAAUCAGCAGCCAUCCACCAACGAUUCCUUAACCGACAUGGAAACCAACGUCAUCGAUGAGGAAGAAGAGGAAGAGGAAGAUGUGGAAGAUGAUGACGACAUCCUGGGUUUAUCCAGUCCCGGUUCGGCAAGCAGCAGUUCUCUGGUCCAGCAGCCCACGACUCCGAAACCUACCGUUGCGGCUGACAGCACAGCAGCCCAGAAGAAGCAAGUUGUAAACUUCCCGCCGGAACCCGUCUCCCAACCCAACGAAUUCAAGAUCCAGAUUUCUGAUGUUCUUUCUGGAGGCCUCAAGGAUGCUCCCCCAAAUGUUGCGCCGAAGCAUAUCACUGAAGGGCAGAAGACCAUCACGUUAGACAAAGCGUCAGAGAUAGAAAGCUUGUCCACCGGCUGCAAAGUUUAUGCAAACAUUGGUGAAGACACCUACGACAUUGUCAUCCCGGUGAAAAAUGAGGCCGACGGAGAAGUUCGGCUGGACGACGUGCCACGUACCUCGGGCAAUGAUUCCGCCAACCGCAAGCGCUUGAAAGUCAAGCACGACGAUCACUACGAGCUGAUUAUGGACGGAAAAGUCUACUACAUCUGCAUUGUGUGUCGUAGGUCCUAUGUCUGCCUCACCAGUUUGCGGAGACACUUCAACGUUCAUUCCUGGGAGAAGAAAUACCCUUGUCGUUACUGCGAGAAGGUUUUCCCUCUGGCGGAAUACCGCACCAAACACGAAAUCCAUCAUACCGGGGAGCGGCGGUACCAAUGUUUGGCGUGCGGCCAAUGUUUUAUCAAUUAUCAGGUGAUGGCCACUCAUCUUCGAUCGGUUCACAGCCAAGAUCCUUCAGGGGAAUCCAAGCUGUAUCGUUUGCAUCCGUGCCGGUCUUUGCAGAUCAGAAAUUACGCAUACAUUUCGGGGAAUUCCAACAAUAUCCCGGUUGCCAAUGACAAUGCCCUGGUUUAUUCUGGCAGUCCUUCAAAAGAGACCCCUCAGGAACCGGUCCCGAACCAACCUGUGAAGCCAAUGACUUGGGACGACAUCUUCGUCCCGCAAGCAAAUGAAUCCCUCUUUAAACAAAACCCAUCGGACGGCACCUCCGAAUUUGAGUUCGUGAUACCAGAAUCUUACUGAAGGUGUUGCGAAAAUGGGAAAAAAUGUUCUGUUUUGUUAUCAAAAGGGGGAGGAAAGUUUUUGUGGUUGUUGGUUGUUUUAAAGAAAAAAAAAAUCAGAGCUCUUUCUCAACGGGGUGCUCGGAAGCAUCUGCAGAGCCUCUCCUAUUACGGAACACGUCCACGUGCUUCUUCUUCGACCUUUAGCCUACGGUAGUGUUUUAAAAUUAGAUAAUAUGUGUAAUAACCUUUGAACUUGUGAACAAAAAAUUGGUCAGGAAAUAAAACGAUACUUGAAUACAGGUGAAAAGACGCUUAGGAAGUUAGGCGUUUCGACGUUUAUUCGUACGGAUCAAAAUAUAAAAAGUUACCCGUUCGGAGACUCCCCGCCCCCCCUCCCCGGGUUAGGUGUAGAAUAACAGGAAUAUAUAUCUCUCUUCCUUGAACCACUUACUUCUAUUUUCAUGUUAGCACUUUAAUGCUGAAAAGGGUUCCAUUGUGACUACAAAACAGGCACGCAGCUAGAUUUUCUUGCUGAUGUUGUGGGAGGGGCCGGGGGGGGAAUCUUUUUUGUUUAAAUUGAAAUCAGUGCGUUCCUGCAACUGAACGUUAUAAGGGUCCAAAUCAUGCUUGCUCUCACGAAAAAUGGAUGGUAUUCAGUUACUUUCCCUAUCGGUUUGCAAAGGUGAAUGCGCGCGCGGGGUCUUCCGUGUAUGCGCUAUGCUGGCGCGCGGGGCCUUCCGCGUAUCCGCUAUGCUGGUGCCCAUGCCUUCCGCGCAUGCACCAGGCCUCAAAAAUGUGGCUAAAUAGGAUGGCAUAGAGCCGGGGCCACCCGCGAUUUCUGCUACCGGUACGGGCGAACCGAUCCGAACCGGCUGAAUACCACCUCUGCACGAAACCAUGCAAAAGAGGCAUAGCCAUUUCUCAUUGGCUUUUUGAAAUAAACAAUUAUACAUUGUUGGUAAUGCACGUGGGCCGUCCUUAAAGAGAAGGUUUCUCCAAGGAAAACGUUAACACUCGUUCUUAUUAUCCCGGGGAUUAAGCUUAACUCAGUGGCUGGACCAUUGUAUUUCACAAUUAUUAUUAUUAUUUUUUGACUCGGUAGGGUAGAUGGAAGACAAUAUAAGAUCAGGAUUUUUUUUUUUUCUACAGGAGAAGCAGGUUAAUGUAAUGUAAUGAACCUUAAUUUUCUCUCCCCCCCCCCCCGUCUUAUUCCCUGGGAGGAGGAAAAAAAAAAUAGAAAUCUAAUUUUGUAGAUUUUUGCCCUGAACAGUUCAGAAGCUUCCUACCAAAGCAGCUUUGGCAAAUGAUAAUGUUGUUUUUUUGCUCUGUAACUGAGUUGGUAACUUUUAAAAGAGAGACUACUAGUUAGUUCGUGGUUUUUUUUUUAACAGCAGCCACACGGAAAAAGGGGUUUGGCUUUUUUGGGGGGAGGUGGGGGAGCAGAUGUGCUAGUCUUGAGGUUUCCUUUUGUGGUCAUGCUUUCCCUUUCGUUGCAAAUUGGGAAUAUCCUUUUCCAUUGUUGGGCGAUAAGCAGGAUCUCGAUUUGAGCAAAUAACAGAAGUGGUCAAGAGCCAUGUAGCUUUGGGGUAUUUUUUUUUUUUGUCAAAUAAUCUCUUGCCCUUUUUUUGUAAAUUACAAUAUUUGGAGUGGGUGUUAUAGAAGGUCGAAAAGGACCAUGAUGAAUAAAAACUAGUUAGCGAUUGGUGCUUUGUCAUGAAAAUCUACUGUCCUCAUCACUUUUUAACUAUUUUUUCUUCUUCUUCUUUUCCCCCUUUUCUGAAGUCUCUAUUUUGUAUUCGGAGUAGUCAUUCCUAGUCCUUAAUUUUGUGUCGUUUUUGUUUGUUUGUUUCUUUUUUUCUUUAACGUUGUGUUUUCAGCCAGGAAAGUGAAUGAAAUUCUGCGGUGGAGUAAAAGAGAGAGAAAAAAAUCAUGUACGGAAAUCACGCCGAAAAAGAGCAGCUCGUGUUUCUAAUAACGGGAAGAAAGCGAAGUGACUCUGUAUGAUGUUUUUUUCUGUAGAGUUGAGAUGGUGUUUGAUUAUGGCUAGGAGGUUGGGGUUUUUUUGUUUUUUUUAUAAAUGGAAGCGAUCUUUUAAAAUUGGCGUUGCGUACUUAAAUGAAAUAAUUUGUGGGACUUUAUUUAAAUAAAUAAUUUAGUCGAUCUCCGGUAUAUUUGUCCUCUUCCGGAGACACCGGUGUCCGUAGCAUUUUAUAAACUGAAACUUAACUUCAUUCAGCUGCCCAUAGCAAAGGAUGUUACGUUGUUUCCUAAGUUAAACCCACCGUGUUGCUGUAGAUCAAUCAAACUUCCAUCUUGACCGUGCUAUUUCCCCCUCCCAAAAAAUCCUGAUAACCAGUAAUUAAAUCAGUGCCUGUUGAAAGUGUCUGUUUUUUUUUUUUAAUUUCCAAACUGAAAAGACGAAGUUUCAAAGCUGUUUAUCUUGUUAGGAAGACACGCUGUCUCUUUGGUUUUCCAAAUACAUGUAUUUUGGUUUUCCUAGGAAGGAAAGUUUCAAUAUCCAAAGUUAAAGAGAUCUUUAUUACGUUGCCGUAAAGUCUUUUUUUUUGCUUUACGGGGCGUUGGAAGAAUGCUGGUUUCCUUUUUGAUUGACGCUAUCUAUAGUUUAAAAAAAAAAAACACCAUCUGGUGUUUUUUUUCAGUUUCUCUGUUUUCCAUUUUGUAAAAAAGGGUCACAGCAUCAGCUCUGGAAAGAACACAUCUAAAUAACAUUUACUAAAUGAGAAAGAUUCCCCUUGCUUCCUCCCCACCUCCCAAAAAUCACAUUUACUAAAGAGAUUAAUGUGAAGUACAGCCUCAAAAUCUAAAGCAAAAAUGAUCACAGCAGGUGAAAUCAUUCUAAGUAUGUUCUUUCUUGGAGCAACAAUGCUUGAUUUAAAUAGUUCUGCUUGAGUUCAGCUGUACCAAUGUUAUACAUUUCCCCAUCCUAAACAGAGACACAACUGCAAGAACCCCUAAUUUUUUAAAUUUCUUUUAGGUUUUCCCCCUCGUUUCAAAAACUGUUGCAUGCCGUAUAACAGGAUGAAAAAAUUCAGCAUUUGCUGAAUCGUUGCAGAGAAGAUAUUUUGAGGGCAUCUGACAGAAUUCAGAUGUGGCUGUGUCUGCCUGAAGUUUGUAUAAAUCCAAUAUUUUACCACUUUGGGGGGGUUUUUUUUGCGCAGAUAUUUCUGAGUUAGGAAUUUGUUUAUAUUGGGGGCAGGAGAGAGCGAGAGAGAGCUCGACUCCCCUUCGAGAGUGGCUUUGCGCCGAAUAUGCGUUUGUGCGUUUCUGUAUAUGACGAGAUUAAUAAGGAAAAAAAAAAAUCAGUAGUUGGUUUAAUUUAUUUCCUACCGAAGCGUUAUCACUUAUUAGCAAAACAAAAUAUGCAAAAAAAAAAAAAAAAAGAAAAGAAAGAAAAGAAAAGAAAAGGGGGCAGUGGUUUUAUUUCAACGGCAGUUUUUACAGAGCGGUAUUAUUAUUAUUUUUUAUUAUUUUAUCAAUACAGUACUGUAAUGUAUAUAGUUGUACAGCUUUUUUCCUUAACAUACCUUUUUCUGGGAAUUUGUUGUUCUGCUUUUCAUUAACCAAUACUUGACUUUUAGUCCUUAGAGCUUUGUAUGGCAAAAUAAAUAAAUAAAUAAAUAAAACCCUUUCAAUUCUG